UUGUCGGUUCUUUAUCAGAUUGUCACUUGGGUAAAAAUGAACAGUUAGUUAGAGUUCCGUUUUGUCGUCAUACUAUCUAAUUAACGAUAAGAGUGAAAGACAAAGGAAUAAAGCUUUUACACCAUAGCUCAAGAAGUGCUAAUUUGACUAAGCCUAAUACAACAGUCAUUUCAUAUAACUGAAUUUGAGAACAAGAAAACUAUUUGUUAACUGUGGCUGCGCGUAACUCGUAACUCUAUUCUAAUUUCUCUAUCUUAUAAUGUUAUCAAAGUCAUUCAGACCAGGAACCGACCUCAUUUCUAAAAAAAAAAAAAAAAUAACAAGACAACCUCUUGUAUUGAAUAUCAUUACUAAAGCUAUAUUAAAUAUAACCGAUGAAUACCUUCCUGAAUCUUGUGAAUGGCCAAAUGGAACGCGCAGUGAUGUUGUCCUUGUUCCUAAAUCAGCUGACGCAGACCCCACAAUUAUCAUCGAGUUCCAACGUACUGUGGACAAGAAGUUCAUGGAAAAGGCUAUAGCAUAUUAUCUUCAGGCGAGCAAGAGAUUUGGUACCAUCCCAACCAUUUUAAUUGUAUGCAUCGAAUCAGUCCAGGAUUCUGUGAAAGAAAGAUUAAGAACAUGCGAUGAUUUGCCUUGUUAUACAGCCUGCUCUGAUUUUUGGGCAGAUCAAUGCUAUGUUAUGGACAAGAAUAGUAUCCAAGAUUACAUUUCUCAGGAUCCAUUUGCUGCUUUCGGUUUAUUCAUGACCAACCAAGCUACAUCAAUUGAUCUGGCUCUAAGAAACACUGAUCCAACUAUGAAUAUGCUAUAUCGCAUAUCCCUCGAUGUCUACACAAAGAUUCUUGAUCAAGAUAUUAAAUGCGUCAAUGAACUAAAGCAACUGAACGAUGUCUAUUAUGAGCAACCUGAAAAUAUACUAAGUCUUUUGAAAGACGACAAUACAUCGAGAAGCAGCAUAAUAGAAUAUGUAUCACAGUCCGCUGAAUAUAACAGAGAACAGAAAAGAAAAUCAGAUGAGCUCAUUACGGAGGAUGACCUUCAGGAGUGUCAGGAUACUGACCGUUUCAAAUGUCAGAGAGCAGAUAAUGAUGAACAAGUAACGACUUCUGAUUACAAAGAAAGAAUGAAAUUCAUCGAGAAGUUCAAAGAAGAUAGAGCUGAAGAGGGUAAGACGAUGAGUUGGAAGCUCUGCUUGCUGGAAGGAAGAGAAAAGCUUAAAUGAUGCUAUAAAAACUCCAAUAGCCUUAGAGCAGCGUUCGCUAAAUACGAAAAGAAGCAGUGAAAUCUUUUAGAAUUGUGAUCUCCAAUAAUUUAUAGUUUCUGAAAAGCUUUAUUGUUAUAGAAAUUUUAGUAUAAGAUAAUUUAUAAAUCUAAAGAACAUACUUUUUUUGUAA